UGACACACCGGCCUUGGAGGAAGAAACACACUCCCUUUGGACUCUCUUCUCCUCAUAAAGGGUUGGCAUGGAGCCGGCACUGGCAAGUCUGUGGUGGAAGGUGGCUCUGUUGUUUCUGAUCUCUUUACAGCUGAGGCCGGUCACCGCUAAAUACAGUCGUCCAAAAGAGGAAAUAAUGUCUCACCGAACAGGACUCGCAAUACUUUAAUUAUCUGGCUGUUGCAUCAUAUAGGCGAUGCAGAUCACGUCCUCUGGGCCGCAGACCAUUCAGAAAGCCCAAGGGGAGACGGUGGAGCUGGGUUGCACCUACACACCGGGACCGCAGGACACCGGCGAGCUGGAUAUCGAGUGGUACAACCUCAGUCCCGACAUGACGCAGAAAGACAAGCUGAUCUUGUCGUACGCAGGCGGCCAGAUCCACCUCCACGACGCCAGCCUCUCCGAAAAGGUCAAAUUCCUGGCCGACCCGACGCGAGGCGACGCCUCCAUCUCCCUCUCGCACGUGACGCUCUCGGACACGGCCACCUACCAGUGUAAAGUCAAGAAGACGCCGGGCGUGGACAUGAGAAAAGUCACUCUCUCCGUGAUGGUUCCCCCGUCCGAACCAAAGUGCUGGGUUGAAGGCAGUGAGGAGAAAGGUGGCUCGGUUUCCCUCCGCUGUGAAUCCUCCCAGGGAUCUGCGCCUCUCACUUAUGUUUGGACGAGGGAAAGUGGCGGUGCAAUGCCAUCCGAUGCAACCCAGGAUUCCCAGAGUGGCGAGCUACUCAUAAAGAACCACACAGAGAACAAUCUCGGUACAUACGUGUGUGAGGCAAGGAAUCCAGUUGGCCGAACACAGUGCAAAUAUUCCCUGCAUGCAUACAACCCCACCAAUAAAGCAGGUGUGAUAGCCGGUGCAGUGAUCGGCGCUCUGCUGCUUCUGGUCCUGCUCCUGCUGCUCAUCUGGCUCCUGAUCUGCUGCUGCCAUAAGAGGCGUUACCAGAAGGAGGUUGCAAAUGAAAUUAGGGAGGACGUCCAGGCUCCAGAGAGCAGACCCUCCAGCAGGCUCUCCAGUCUCCGCUCGGUGACGGGAUACCGCACUCACCACGGCGUGCAGUACAGCUCGGCGCCCGUCAUCAAUGGAUCCAUCCAUUCAGUCAACAGAAAUGGGUCGACGGCUGCAGGGAACAGGCCCGUUCCGCUCAAGUACGACCCCAAAUAUGGAUAUCCUGUGUGACUGCACACCCGGAAAUGGAAUGGAAAUGACUGGAAAGGAAUGGCCGGGGCAAUGUUUGUCGUGAACUGUUGGUUCAAUACUGCGUUUGACAGGAAAACCACGGGACUGUUGCUGCUGAUAUGAUUUCUCCAGACUGGCUGGCUCUCGUCACGCGAGUCUCUUCAGUCAGAACACAAACAACAAGAACAGGUUUUACAGUCACCAUGACAGCAAUGUUGUUGAAGCUAUGUUUAAUGUAUAUACCGUAGCAAAAGAAAAAAAUCUAUUUUUAUUAAAGCACUUCUUUUAUAAGA